CCGAGCAUCCUGUUCACGAGCAACAACUUCCUGCUGGCGAUAGCGAAAGCGCGCGAGGAGUCGCCGGAGCACGACCUCUCCAGCCUGCGCACCCUCAUCCCCACGGGCGCCGCCAUGAGCCGCGACGCUGAGGAGCUCGUGCAGCGCGUCACAGGGUGCCGCGUGCAGCAGAUCUACGGAAUGACCGAAGUGGGCGUGGUGCUGGGGCUAACGAAGCACAACGCGCCGCACAAGACCGGCUCCGUGGGAAAGCUGUGCCCCUUCGUUCAAUGCAAGGUGGUGGACCCGGAGACCGAGCUGGCAGUGGGCGUGGGCCAGGAGGGCGAGCUGCGCUUCAAGGGCCCGGGCGUCACCAAGGGCUACCUGAGGAACCCGCGCGCCACGGCCGAGCUGUUCGACGAGGGCGGCUGGCUGCGCUCCGGGGACCUGGCUCGCUUCGACGAGGACGGCAUCUUCUUUGUCACGGGCCGCAUCAAGGACACCAUCAAGUACCGCGGCGUGCACGUGUCGCCGGUGGAGAUCGAGGGCCUGCUGGAUCGCCACGACGCUGUGCUGGAGAGCGCGGUGGUGGGCGUGCUGGACCCUUCCACGGAGGACGAGCUGCCCAGGGCCUACGUUGUCCUACGACCCGGCGCCCAAGUCACCGCGCAAGACCUCUGCCAGGUCGUGGAAGACCACUUGGCUCCACACAAGUGGCUGCGUGGGGGCGUGGCCUUCGUGGAUUCCUUGCCCAAGACACCCACCGGCAAGAUAAGCCGCGCGGCUAUCCGCAAGCGCUACCUCGAAAACGUCACCAUCGGCUCCUGAGUCGUGUUGCACCGUUGGGAGGUCUUUUGGAGUUGCCCACCCUUUCCAAAUGAAACAAGAAAAGAAAAAUCUCGGGUGGGUUGACACAGUUCACGGAGACGUUGAUUUGUAUUCCCCCUUUUUCUCUCUGCGCUGCGUCACUAUAUAAGCAAUGGCUGUCUUAGGAAGGGGCAUUUAAGGCAUAUGAUCGUUCUCAAUGGAUCGGUGAAUAGUACUCAGAGAGGGAAAGAAACAGCAAACUUCAUUAGGAAACUGGGGAUCGACAAAUAAGUUGGUGUUUCAUCAAAAUCUGUAAUCUUUUAUGACAAUUGAAUCGAAAAUUCAAAUUUUAAAAAGCCAAUUUCGAAAACACAAUAUUUCUAAAAUGUUCUAAAUGUAGUUUUUAAGAAUUCAAAUUGAAAAUGAAUGUCCCAUAGCUCUCUAAUGAGCAGCAGUGAAAAAUAACUUAUUUGCCAUGGAGUUCGGUGACCUCCUACCUGCCUUGGCGAGUGUAAAACUGCUUCGAGCGUGUACGUGUUCGGUAUUGUAUGCGCAGCCGAAGGAAAAUCAUCUGUACAACAUUUAUUGCCAAUUAUAGUUCUAGUAAAAAAAUAAUCAUGAUACAAGCCUACUUAAAUUAAGGGUGCCACUAUUUUGUAUAAACAUAAUUGCACACUUAUUACUGAAUGUAUGAAUAUUAUGUUAUAG